AUGUGUCAGUUCGAUUUUGAAGGGUUUCGUCAAGAACUUCUCGUUCAAAUACCCGAAAAAGUAAACAACACGUCGAACAGAAAAGGAUGUUCCGAAUUGAAAUCAUUACUUAUUGCCGGCGAAUCUUUCAUAAAUAUCGCUGAAAGAUUGAAUGACAACUUCUCACGUAUCACUAAAGAAGAAUUGCGAGCCAAAGUUAUGAUUAAAGUGAACAGAAUCCUGCAGUCGUUCAAGGCGAAAUGUGCGACUUUAAAAGAAUACGAAGUUGAAUUUCUCGAUUCUGAAUUACAAAGACUGGACCGAUACAUGCAUUUGUAUAUAAUCCAGUGUACUCCUAAAUUUAUCGAAACAAACUGGGGUAAUUCGGUUGAUUUCAAGUCUGCUGUUACUCUUUUAGAGAGAAUUGAUUUUUCAAAAGAUGUCGACCAAAUUAUCGAACAGAUUUUGAAAAGAUUUGAUCAAUUGCAAGUAGGCUUGACUGUGAGGGAAAAAGAUAGUAUACGUGAAGCUUUACAGCGUGAUUUAGGACACGGCAUGCAACAAGGGCAUUGGUACUCAUGUCAUUGUGGUUAUGUUUAUACAGUAGCGAAUUGCGGUAUGUUUAAUCAAAGUAGUAGUUGUCCUAACUGUAAAGCUGUAAUCGGAAGAGGAUCGAGUAACGCUCACAUUCAAUCGAAUUAUUGGCACACCGUAUCUCGAAACUAA